CGCGCAGCUCGCGCGCUGUCAGUCAGAACGCACCCGCACGGCGAGAGGCGAGCUCGCGACUUCCGGCUGUGUGAAGCUGUUUCAGGUGACGGGAAAACAAGACAAAAAACAAAAACAAAAACAUGUCGUACCCGAAGCUCGUGGCAGCUCUACUCCGCUCCAACCCGCGAAACAACGUCCGAGUGUCACCCGGAAGAUGUCGGAGCACGGCGGCGUCCCGCCGGGACGAGAAGCAUCCACGCAUCGACGGCUGCCCCGUGGUGGAAGCGGCGCCGGUGGAGCUCAUCAGCGGGACCAGGCACCCCGAAAGCCCGCCGCGGAGCGCGGUCCGCGUCGACUUCGACAACACCCAGGAGGCCUACCGGAGCAAAGGGAACAUCGAGCUGCUGCGAAGUCUGCUGGUCUUCAAGCUGUGUACCAUCGACGUCCUGGUUGAGAAGAACAAAGAGCUGAUGGAUCUGAGCAGGAAGGUGCUCGGUCAGUGGAUGUUUGAGAAGCUGAUGAAAAUGACCUUCUACGGCCAGUUUGUGGCGGGAGAGGAUCACAACUCCAUCAAGCCUUUGAUUCAGAAAAACCAGGCCUUUGGAGUUGGGGCAGUUUUGGACUACAGCGUCGAAGAGGACUUGACACAAGAAGAAGCCGAGAAGAAGGAAAUGGAUGCAUGUGUUUCUGAAGCAGAGAAAGAAAGCCCAGUGGAUCAUCGUGAGAAGAAGUACAAGGCCCAUCGCCAGUUCGGGGACCGGCGUGGGGGGGUCACCAGUGCUCGUACAUACUUCUAUGCAGACGAGUCCAAGUGUGACAAACAAAUGGAGACUUUCAUAAACUGCAUCAGAGCCUCUGGGGGAGCUUCAACAGAUGGAUUUUCGGCCAUCAAAAUGACUGCUCUUGGACGCCCACAGUUCCUACUCCAGUUUUCAGAAGUCCUGGUUAAAUGGAGGCAGUUUUUUAACCUCCUCUCGGCGCAGCAGGGGAAGUCUGACAUGACGGUUUUGGAUCAGAAGCUGGAGCUGGAACAGCUCAAGGAGAGUCUGGCGGCGAUGGGCGUUGGAGCCGUGGAUGACAAAGAGAACUGGUUUACUGGAGAGAAGCUGGGUUUGUCUGGAACCAUCGACCUGCUGGACUGGAACAGUUUAAUCGACGAUACGACAAGAAUCUCCAAUCUGCUGAUGGUGCCAAACGUUCAGACGGGCCACCUGGAGCCUUUGUUGAACAAGUUCACGGCCGAGGAGGAGAGGCAGAUGAAGAGAAUGCUGCAGAGAAUGGACGUUCUGGCCAAGCAUGCCGUGGAGAACGGGGUGAGGCUGAUGGUGGACGCCGAGCAGACGUACUUUCAACCGGCGAUCAGUCGACUGGCCCUGGAAAUGCAGAGGAAAUUCAACCGGGAAAAGCCAAUUAUUUUCAACACUUACCAGUGUUACCUCAAGGAAGCCUACGACAAUGUCACAGUGGAUGUUGAGCUGUCCCGACGGGAGGGCUGGUACUUUGGUGCCAAGCUGGUCCGCGGGGCCUACAUGUACCAAGAGAGGAACCGGGCCAAAGAGAUUGGCUACGAAGACCCAAUAAACCCAGACUACGAGGCCACCAACAGGAUGUAUCACAAGUGUUUGGAGUACGUGCUGGAGGAGAUCGAUCACAGCAGGAAAGCAAAUAUCAUGGUUGCUACUCACAACGAGGAAACGGUGAAAUUCACCCUCGAGAAGAUGAAUGAGAUGCGGCUUUCGCCCACAGAGAAUAAAGUUUACUUUGGACAGCUGCUGGGGAUGUGCGACCAGAUCAGCUUCCCGCUUGGUCAAGCAGGUUUCCCGGUCUACAAGUACGUUCCAUAUGGCCCGGUCAACGAGGUCAUUCCUUAUCUGUCUCGCCGCGCUCAAGAGAACCGCGGCUUCAUGAAGGGAUCCCAGAGGGAGCGCAGCCUGCUGUGGAAGGAGCUGAGACGCAGGGUGCUGGGGGGGCAGAUCUUCUACAAGCCCGCCUACUGAGUCGCCGCACCACGGCGUACCAAACCGCAGUGCAUUCCCUUCCUUGAGGGGGGAGGUGGGAGGGGGGGGCCUGUUGGGCUGAGAAGUGAUGAGUGGCCUCACAAUGUUGGUGAGUUAGCUAAAAUAAUGCGAUUAUAAUCCUGAGAAUUUAAAUGACCUCUGCAACUUUUUAAAAGCAAAUGUUUAUGCCUCUAAACAUGAAUCUACUCUUUUAAUAUACAGCAUGGCGAUUUGUUCUGUAGAGGCCAAGAGAGUAUAUUUUGAAUGUAUGGUUACCAAAGGGGGCGUGCUUGUUUAUAAAUAUUUAUAUGUAGAUAUAUAUUUCCUUUUGGACGUUUUUAUGUUGAUCUCAGCUGUGGCCGUCACUCAAACGUUCCUCACGAAUGUUAAGAUAAACCGGAAGCAAUCACCCUCCGUACAACUAAGUCUAUUUUUGUAACUGUUCACUCCUCUGACGUGCUUGUACCUUUUUAAUUUUAGCUUAUUUAUUGACGAUGCCAUGCAUCGAAUUAUAAUCAAUUCAUUGGCCAAGUCUUCUGUUUAUGUGCAAACAAGCCGAGCACCUGUAAGGUGUGAGUGACUGUUUGCAGUAGCUGACCUUCAUUUGGCCUCGGACACGAGUAACUCCUCUCACUGUGCUCGGUACGAGGCUGAAGAGUGUGUGUGACCCACUCCAGGGCAACGAGUAGCCAAACAAUAAUAGCAACAGGUGCCCAAAGCACAAAGGCAGGAAUUGAAGGUGUACGUUGUCCAAAAACAUACCACAGGUACUGAUGGGAUUUUCUGGAGAAAGCUGCUCAAAAAGUACUCCAGCAAUACCUACAUUGUUGCAUAAACUGUGUUCGGUUCAAUUGAGUUGAAGUCAUGAAAAACAUCUUUUCAAUUGAAAUGCUUUUAGUACUAGAAAAUAAUACAUUCAUUUCAAAUUCAUUAAUUAAUUUUCAGUGUUGGUGUGGAGGAAGGAGUUUGUGUUGUCGAAGCUCUUUGUUUUAUCAUUUGACAAAGUGUGAUUUUAGAAGAUGAAAGGCGCAAUGCCUCCUGUACCUUGUGUAUUACGAGGUUCACAAUAUUUCACAUAUGGGUUUGAUUUAAAUGCAUUUCCUGAUGUAGUUCUUUUCUUUGUGUUUGGUUUCCUUGUCGCUGCUGUUUAAGUCUACUAUAUUUUGUACAGUUGUAUAAUAUAUAUGAAAUCAUUUAACGCAAUCAAAUAAAGUUAACAUUAAAGUUAA